CAACCGCCAAUAAAACACCAAAGAAGAAGAAGAAAGAAAGAAAGAAAGAAAAAAAAUCCUAAUAUGCUUUAAGGAAAGUGAAACUGUUUCAAAUAGAUGGUUUUCGUUCAUAGUUCGUGUAUAUAUGCAUGAGGUGAAUCUGGAGAGCGUCGCUGAACUGUGUUUGAAGGUACAAUGGCUUUAGUGUCAGCAGACACCAAAAUCGCAGAGUUGCUGAAUGAGCUGCAUCAGCUCAUAAAACAAACCCAGGAAGAGCGAUCAAGAAGUGAACACAACCUUCUCAACAUCCAGAAAACACAUGAAAGGAUGCAGACAGAAAAUAAGACUUCUCCAUAUUAUCGGACAAAACUGAGGGGUCUUUACACUACAGCUAAAGCUGAUGCUGAGGCUGAAUGUAGUAUACUUCGACGGGCACUUGACAAGAUUGCAGAAAUUAAAUCCCUUUUGGAGGAAAGACGGAUUGCUGCCAGAAUGGCAGGGGUGUACAGUGACACCGACCCACCCAAAAAGACCAUGCGCAGAGGUGUCCUGAUGACCCUGUUACAGCAGUCAGCCAUGACACUUCCUCUCUGGAUCGGCAAACCUGGCGAGAGUCCACCACCACUGUGUGGCGCUAUACCAGCAAGCAGUGACUAUGGGGCUAAACAGGGCGACAAGGUGGCGGCGCGUGUGAAGGCUGUGGAUGGUGAUGAACAGUGGAUUCUUGCCGAAGUUGUCAGCUACAAUCACUCCACCAACAAGUAUGAAGUGGAUGACAUUGAUGAAGAGGGUAAAGAGAGACACACAUUGAGUCGGAGGAGAAUAAUUCCUCUCCCACAGUGGAAAGCAAACCCAGAAACGGACCCAGAGGCCCUGUUCAGUAAGGAUCAGCUGGUGCUGGCCCUCUAUCCACAGACCACGUGCUUUUACAGAGCUCUGAUCCACACACCGCCACAUCGGCCCCAGGAUGACUACUCCGUUCUGUUUGAGGACACAUCUUAUGCUGAUGGCUAUUCUCCACCUCUCAACGUCGCUCAGCGAUAUGUAGUGGCCUGCAAGGAGAACAAAAAGAAGUGACAGCAAUAUGAAACAAUGUUUGCAAAAAGACCCUGCAUGAUUGUUGUGAUUGAAAACAAGAAAUUGAGCAUUGAUUCUGUUUUAUGUGACCCCCCCCCCCCCCCCCCCCAUUCUGGUUAACAUGUAUUGGUAUGUUUUAUACUGCAUCUUUUGUAUUUGUGGAUC